AUGGGUUCCAAUCCCUUGUCUGCAUUGACUUCCGCAAAGCCCACACCACUCCCAACCCACGACCAAGACGACCAUGACUCACCUUCAUCCAAAGCUCUUCUCUCUUUCAGCACAGAUUCUUCCGACUCUUCUUCUUCUUCUUCAUCUCCAUCUUCCUCUUCCCAUAAAGCCCUCUUCUUCACUCUCAUCCUCACCACUUGCAUUGCCUUAUCAACAUCCUUCGCCUUCGCCUUUCUCUACUUUUCGAAACCACCAACACCACCGGUCUCUUCCACCUCCCACACCCCUUCUCUCCUCGCUCGCCCUCUCUCCAAACUCCAACGCCCCGUUGUUCUUUUAGUCUCCUCAGAUGGGUUUCGAUUCGGUUACCAAUUCAAAGCCCCCACACCCCACAUUUACCGUUUGAUCGCUAAUGGAACCGAAGCAGAAGCUGGUUUGAUUCCGGUUUUUCCCUCUCUUACUUUCCCCAACCAUUAUUCCAUUGCCACUGGCCUCUACCCUGCUUACCACGGCAUAAUCAAUAACCAUUUCACCGAUCCACUUUCUGGGGAAGCGUUUUACAUGGGAAGCCAUGACCCCAAGUGGUGGCUUGGGGAACCCUUGUGGGAAACUGUGGUCAACAAUGGAUUAAAGGCUGCCACUUAUUUCUGGCCUGGUUCUGAGGUAAAAAAGGGUCUUUGGACUUGCUCUUUGAAUUAUUGUAGCCAGUAUAAUGCUUCUAUUUCGUUUGAGGAGAGAGUUGAUACGGUUUUGGGUUAUUUUGAUUUGCCUAGUGAUGAGAUUCCUGAUUUCAUGACGCUUUAUUUUGAGGACCCUGAUCAUCAGGGUCAUAAGGUUGGUGCUGAUGAUCCUGAGAUCACUAAGGCUGUUGCUAGGAUUGAUAACAUGAUGGGGAGGUUGAUUAGGGGUUUGGAGCAAAGAGGGGUUUUUGAGGAUGUUACUGUUAUUAUGGUUGGUGAUCAUGGAAUGGUUGGUACAUGUGAUAAGAAGUUGAUUUUCCUUGAUGAUUUGGCUCCUUGGAUUGAUGUUCAGAAAGAUUGGGUUGUGACACAUACUCCUGUGCUUGCAAUUCGUCCUCCUUCUGGUCAUGACGCAUCGGAUGUUGUUGCCAAGAUGAAUGAGGGGUUGAGCUCGGGGAAAGUUGAUAAUGGGGAGUUUUUGAGGGUGUAUUUGAAGGAGGAUCUGCCAAGUAGGCUUCAUUAUGCAGCGAGUGAUCGGAUUGCGCCGAUAAUUGGGUUGAUUGAGGAAGGUUUCAAGGUUGAGCAGAAGAGAACGAAGCGCCAAGAGUGUGGGGGUUCGCAUGGUUAUGAUAAUGCAGUUUUCUCCAUGAGGACUAUUUUCAUUGGACAUGGUCCUCAGUUUGCUAGAGGGAAGAAGAUACCAUCGUUUGAGAAUGUUGAGAUUUAUAAUUUGGUUACUUCUAUUCUCAAGAUAAAGGGAGCACCUAAUAAUGGCUCUGCCUUAUUUGCAGAGUCUGUUCUUUUAUCUGCUGCAUAA